CUCAAAACAUACCGACGGGCCACCGCCACCACCACCACCAACCCGACCCUCCUCCCAUGCCCAAGCUGGUCCAACGCUACCACCAAUAGGCGGCGGCAACCAGCCCAGCUUCGGAGGGCCGCUCAGGCAUAGUUGCUGCCCAGCUUUCGUAGUGAGCACGAGUGCGCUCCCCACCUGCGGUAAUUUGCCACAGAGCGACUUUCAUCUAUCUCUCAUAGCAAAGAUGGGCAACUGCCUCGGGUCGGCGUCCAAGGCGGAGACGCAGCCAGGGUCAGACAGGACAGAUAGAAGCGAGGGCAUGGAGAUCAAGGGCAGUGUCGCCAUCAUUACAGGGGCUGCCAGGGGCCUGGGUAGAGCCUUCGCCGAGACCUUGCUGGCACGUGGAGCUAAGGUGUGUGUGGCUGACAUAGAUACAGAGCAGGGCCAAACCACCGUGGCAGAGCUGCAGGCCAACCAUGGGGAAGGCAAUGUCAUAUUUGUCUCCUGCAAUGUUACAAGUGAUGAUGACUUUAAGGGAGUCUGGGAUGCCACUGUUGAGAAACUGGGGCCUGUCAAUAUCCUUGUCAACAAUGCAGGCAUUGGAAACGAACAGAAGUGGGAAAAGACCAUAGAAGUGAAUCUGGGAGGGUGUAUGAGAGGCACACUACUGGCCCUGGAGAGGAUGGGCACCAAUAAAGGAGGGUCAGGUGGAGUGGUGGUCAAUAUCUCCAGCAUUGUAGGUCUCAAAAGCAACCCCUUUGGCCCCGUCUACUCUGCCAGCAAGCAUGCCAUUGUUGGCCUCACACGGAGCUUAGGGAAUGAUUUCCAUCUAAAGGUCAGUGGGAUCAAGGUUCAAGCUCUGUGCCCCAGCUUAGUGAAGACAGAUUUGCUGGCAAAUGCUAUAAAGAAUGCAUUCUCCCCUGAAGUAGCACAGGCAAUGGCCAAAUUUGCAUCCAGCCUUGGGAGUUUGACGGCUGAGGCCGUGGCUGGAGCAUUAGUGAAACUGCUGGAGGAGGGGCGCAAUGGAGGAUGUCUAGUGGUGGAGGCAGAGAAGGAGCCCUACUAUGUAGAAGCUCCUGUCUCCUAACAGACCUUACUUCACCAUGGCAUGGAUAUAGUCGGGCAUAUUCAAGAAAAUAGGGAAUUCCUUGCUGAUGAGUCUGUUUACCCUUGCCUGACAAAAUUACAAUGGGAUUCAAUUAUUGCCCCUCUAAGGUAUGCGUUAAUACAUGAACACUCUACCAAUUGGUGUUCAUACUUGGAAAAAAGCUAUUCAGAAAAAAAUGACCUGAGGCAUAGAACUUAUAAACUCCCUAUAAAGAGUGCUUGUCAAUCUUGUAUUCUUAGAAUAUCAAAUUUUUGUUCUGUAACUCAAUUCUCCAGAUAUUUUUUUCCUUCUGGCAUGACUAGUAGGCCUAAUUGGUUCAGUGUGUACAAAUUGGUGAAAAUACCUAUGAGGAGCAUCUGCACACUUUUGAAAACAUCGCCACAAUCUUGGGAAUACUUCUGAUCCAUUGUGGCUUUACAAAAUAAUAUCACUCAGGCGCAACAAUUUUGUGUCAGGAAAACAAGAUCUGAUAUGAACAGUGAGGCAUGUGAGGGUGCUAAGACAGAUAAGUUAUUAGCUGUUACUGUAAACAAGUGAGAUUACCAUCACUAAAUUAACCUGGCAGCUUCUGUGUAUUGUUGAAUUUUUUUUUUCCAAUGUGAAGUCAUAUAAUAUAUUUUUUUAUACUUAGUACACGAGACAUAAUAUAUUUGGGGCAUAUUUCAUUCUGCUCUAGUUAGUAGCAGCUACAGUAGUCCAGAUUUUACAUGUUUCAUAUACAUCGAAAAUUCAUAAAGCAGGGGUGCUAAUUUUUUCGUUAAUCGAUGGGUGUAAGGGCUUGGUUAAUUUUUAUUUCACUGCUCAUUUCUUGUACUAAGAAAGAGAUGGUUAUUUAUAUUUCUUUUUUUUUUUUUAGAAAGAUUGCCCAUAGAAAUUGUAUUCUAUUUUUUUUUUGUAAUGAACAUGAACAAUAUUUUUUAUAAUGUGUUAAACAAGAUAAAUGUGCCACUGUUUGAAUUAGAUUAUGCUUCAUA